GGUAUCGGGUUUCCCUACUUACCACAGUCAUAAACUCCGCCUAUUUCUACAACUUCUCAUUUUAAACUGUGAUUUUGAAUCUAGCCUAAACCAAACUGCUAACAUUAUGCCUAACCGGAAAUUAAGACCGGAUAUAUAUUUAUUUGUAUGCAUUUUUACUUAUUGACUUUGUGGCUGUGGUAACUAGAGGAAACCUUCGGUAUCUUUCAAAAACAAAGAUUUUUUAUGUCAUUCGAGAUAAUAAAUGCUCACUUUUAAGGAACAUAGUGACUGCGACCUGGUUUCGAGAGAAUAAUUAAUUCAUAUAGUUUGGGACUAUGAUAUAGUUUGCAUCGGUACAAUUGGGCAGUCAAAUAUUAUGAGAUAGAGGUGGCGUAUUUCAGCUAAAGCUUGGCAGUGAAACGACUUUUUAUAAAAAUGGCGUCGACCAAUACAACCUGUGCCAUAGUAUAGUAAACUCACAUGUAACGUGGUAUAUUUGUUGCUACAUUUAUCGAGCAGACUUUUCCCCAAACAGAAAUGUUUGUCGCUCGAAGUAUUGCAGCGGACCACAAGGAUCUUAUUCAUGAUGUUUCAUAUGAUUUCCAUGGCCGGAGAAUGGCAACUUGCUCUAGUGACCAAAGUGUCAAGGUGUGGGACAAGAGUGACAACGGAGAGUGGAACUGCACUGCCAGCUGGAAGACCCAUAGUGGAUCAGUAUGGAGGGUGACCUGGGCCCAUCCAGAGUUUGGUCAGGUGCUGGCCUCCUGCUCCUUCGACCGGACCGCUGCUGUGUGGGAGGAGAUCGUUGGGGAGUCCAAUGACAAACAGCGAGGACUCAGUCACUGGAUCAAGAGGACCACUCUGGUGGACAGCAGAACGUCGGUGACUGACGUGAAGUUUGCUCCUAAACACAUGGGUCUGAUGCUGACCACGUGCUCAGCAGAUGGGGUUAUGAGGGUCUACGAGGCUCCAGACGUGAUGAACCUCAGCCAGUGGUCCCUACAGCAGGAGAUCUCCUCUAAACUCAGCUGCUCCUGUAUCUCCUGGAGCCCCUCCAGCUCCCGUGCCCACGCCCCCAUGAUAGCAGUGGGCUCUGAUGACAGCAACACAGCAUACAGCGGGAAAGUUCACAUCUAUGAAUACAUUGAAAACACAAGGAAGUAUGCUAAGGCAGAAAAUCUGAUGACGGUGACAGAUCCAGUCCAUGACAUUGCCUUUGCUCCCAACUUGGGACGCUCUUUUCACGUGCUCGCCAUCGCCACCAAAGACGUACGCAUCUUCAAGCUGAUACCACUGAGGAAAGAGUCUGCAGCGGGGUCGUCUGGUCCCACUAAGCUGCAGGUUCAGAUCCUGGCCCAGUUUGACAACCACAACUCCCAGGUGUGGAGAGUUUCCUGGAACAUCAGCAGCACCCUGCUUGCCUCCUCAGGGGAUGAUGGCUGUGUCCGGCUCUGGAAAGCCAACUACAUGGAUAACUGGAAGUGUACAGCCAUCCUGAGAGGAGAUGGUAGCCCAGUGACGGGCUCUUCCAGUCAGGCUGCAGUCCCCAGCACAGCAGGGGGACCACAACAUGUCCUGCUGCAAGCGUCCUCCGCUGGAAGAAAGAAAGCUCAGCUGAUACCUGGCUAACGGAGUGGCUUGAUGCUGCUGCUUGUUGCAUGAACACACACACACACACACAGGAAUGGAAAGGGAACUCCCUCACCCUGCAGACCAACCUCCCAGAAACACCUCUGAACCCUUUUUUUAUGCUAAUCAAGAACCACACUGACUCCUAGAUCAGGGUUCUAGAUCAAAGUUCCAGGGUGGGUUUUAUGUCAAUAUUGACUGUUAUGCUACUGAAUGAAGUAUCCUUUUGGGGUGUAUCUGAAUGGUUGGUGUUUAUCUGACUGUUUGGGGCAUUAUGGGGGGUCUGAUAUUUUGCUGUAGAACUACAUGGGAGUAUGGGUUUAGGUGUGGUGAGAGAGUGAGAGAGAGGGAACCACUGGUGACAUUGCGGUGGGUUCUAAGACAUAAUGGGUGGGUUUAGGUGUGGUGAGAGAGGGAACCAUUGGUGACAUUGCGGUGGGUUCUAAGACAUAAUGGGUGGGUUUAGAGUAACUUUACAAAAAUGUCUCGGUUUCCCAGAAAUCCAGGUUGGAACAUUCCUGGAAUUAGGAGAGAAUAAACAGGAAAUCCCAGAACCUUUUUUUUCCUUGAAAACCAGGGAACUUGCAACCCCAGAGUUUUGCAACCCUAAGUGGGUUCUAGUGAGUUCUAGGUAAUAUUUUGGAGGGUUCUGCAUAAUGUAAAUUACCCUGUGGUUCUGCCUGGUGGAUGAGGUAGUUCUGCCUGGUGGAUGAGGUAGUUCUGCCUGGUGGAUGAGGUGGUUCUGCCUGACUGACUGACUGGUGGAUGAGGUGGUUUUGCCUGACUGGUGGAUGAGGUGGUUCUGCCUGACUGACUGACUGGUGGAUGAGGUGGUUCUGCCUGACUGACUGACUGGUGGAUGAGGUGGUUCUGCCUGACUGACUGACUGGUGGAUGAGGUGGUUCUGCCUGACUGACUGGUGGAUGAGGUGGUUCUGCCUUUUUUUUAACCUUUAUUUAACCAGGCAAGUCAGUUAAGAACAAAUUCUUAUUUUCAAUGACGGCCUAGGAACAGUGGGUUAACUGCCUGUUCAAGAGCAGAACGACAGAUUUUGUACCUUGUCAGCUCGGGGAUUUGAACUUGCAACCUUUCGGUUACUAGUCCAAUGCUCUAACCACUAGGCUACACUGCCGCUGACUGACUGACUGGUGGAUGAGGUGGUUCUGACUGGUGGAUGAGGUGGUUCUGCCUGCCUGACUGACUGGUGGACUAGGUGGUUCUGACUGGUGGAUGAGGUGGUUCUGACUGGUGGAUGAGGUGGUUCUGACUGGUGGAUGAGGUGGUUCUGACUGGUGGAUGAGGUGGUUCUGACUGGUGGAUGAGGUGGUUCUGACUGGCUGACUGACUGGUGGAUGAGGUGGUUCUGCCUGGUGGAUGAGGUGGUUCUGACUGACUGGUGGAUGAGGUGGUUCUGACUGGCUGACUGGUGGAUGAGAAGACAACGUCUGAGACUAACGUUAAAAUCUUUGGGGCGAUGAAUAAUUUAUGAAAAACAAUUAAUUCUGUAUAAUAAAGUUUGUUUAAUCCAGUGUUU